UGGCGCGAUCGAGUAGAAGAGAAAUUAUGUCCAACCUGACAGAGGAGACGUCGUUCCGAGAGCGUCCUGGCGGCCAGGCUGUGUUUCAGAUGGAAGACUCAGCCACAGAUCUGCACCAGAGCCAGGCCUGUCCAGAAACAGACGAUGGAGGGACAGGUAAACUGCGUAGCCAGACUCACAGUGGGGAGAGACCACAUCGGUGUCGGGAAUGCGAGUUCGCCACAUCGAAGAUGUCCGCCCUGAAACGGCACGUAAGGACGGAACACGCCGCGGGGAAGAGGAAACUGACGGAGAAACACUGCUGUCCACACUGUGAGUACGAUGGGGCCAAUAUGAAGCUGCACGUCAGGACUCACGCUGGUGGGAGACCACACCAGUGCCCGCACUGCGAGUAUUCAGCAUCGCAGAGGGGUAACCUAAAACGGCACAUAAGGGCUAAACACACCGGUGAGAGACCCUACAUUUGCGGACAUUGUGGCUACUCAACAGCAAAUAAACAGCACCUUGUGCAUCAUGUAAGGGCAACGCACGGUGGUGAGCGACCAUUUCAGUGUGCUGUUUGUGACUAUUCCGCUGCACGAAAGAUCACAUUGGAACGCCACAUCCUGGCAAAACACAGUAACAGUCGGCCGUACAAAUGCACACAGUGUGACCACUCUGCAGUGACCAAAAACAAUUUAAAGGUUCAUAUGAGGUCACACACCCAUGAGAAACCAUACAGUUGUGAGAUGUGCGAUUUUUCUACCGGGCAUAAGGGCAGUUUGAAUAAGCACAUGGCAACCCACACUGGGGAGAAACCUUACAAGUGUGAAGUCUGUGAUUAUUCCACUGCUCAUAUGUCCAGUUUUAAGACACAUAUGGCCACUCACACCGGUGAGAAACCUUACAAGUGUGGAAUUUGCUGUUAUUCUGCAGCUCAUAUGUCCAAUUUGAAACGUCACAUGGCCACCCACACUGGAGAUAAACCAUACAAGUGUGACAUAUGUGACUAUUCUGCAGCACAAGUGUCUAACUUAAAGUAUCACAUGGCCACUCACACAGGUGAGAAACCUUACAAGUGUGGAGUGUGUGACUAUUCUUCAGCACGAAUGUUUACUUUAAAGCGUCACAUGGCUUCUCACACCGGUGAGAAAAGCUAAAAACACUUGGAAGUUGCUUUCAUAACGAUGAAUGAAUAGAUAAA